AGCUCCGCGGGGGAGCGGAAGGCUUGAAUUAUUCCGACCUGUGAGCGGCCCCUGACACCAAAAAGAAAAAAAAAAAGAAAAAAAAAGGCACAAAAAAGUGGAAACUUUUUUCCCUGUCCAUUCCAUCAAGUCCUGAAAAAUCAAAAUGGAUUUAGAGAAAAAUUAUCCGACUCCUCGGACCAGCAGGACAGGACAUGGAGGAGUGAAUCAGCUUGGGGGGGUUUUUGUGAAUGGACGGCCACUCCCGGAUGUAGUCCGCCAGAGGAUAGUGGAACUUGCUCAUCAAGGUGUCAGGCCCUGCGACAUCUCCAGGCAGCUUCGGGUCAGCCAUGGUUGUGUCAGCAAAAUUCUUGGCAGGUAUUAUGAGACAGGAAGCAUCAAGCCUGGGGUAAUUGGAGGAUCCAAACCAAAGGUCGCCACACCCAAAGUGGUGGAAAAAAUCGCUGAGUAUAAACGCCAAAAUCCCACCAUGUUUGCCUGGGAGAUCAGGGACCGGCUGCUGGCGGAGCGGGUGUGUGACAAUGACACCGUGCCUAGCGUCAGUUCCAUCAACAGGAUCAUCCGGACAAAAGUACAGCAGCCACCCAAUCAACCAGUCCCAGCUUCCAGUCACAGCAUAGUGUCCACGGGUUCCGUGACGCAGGUGUCCUCGGUGAGCACGGAUUCCGCCGGCUCUUCGUACUCCAUCAGCGGCAUCCUGGGCAUCACGUCCCCCAGCGCCGACACCAACAAGCGCAAGAGAGACGAAGGUAUUCAGGAGUCUCCGGUGCCGAACGGCCACUCACUUCCAGGCAGAGAUUUCCUCCGGAAGCAGAUGCGGGGAGACUUGUUCACACAGCAGCAGCUGGAGGUGCUGGACCGCGUGUUUGAGAGGCAGCACUACUCAGACAUCUUUACCACCACAGAGCCCAUCAAGCCUGAACAGGUAUGCCCCGUGAUGCAUGCCCGCCACACCUACCACUGCCACACCGGCCCAGCCACUUUCCUGAAGGCAGAGUCAUCUGGCAGGGGGGUGUGGAUCGAGCUGUCUCAGUUUGUGUCUCUGUGGCCUAGUGCCCUGGAUGGGGGCCUUGCUGUCACUUUCGUUGAGCAGCUUGGUGGAAAAGGUUCAGUCUAUAGGAAGGUGCCUCCAGUGGUCACCAUCAACUGCAUCAGCUCAACUCUUGAUGAGAAUAAGAAUUUCGUAGUUUGCAUUGACUUCUCUGGUGGGGGCUUGGGUUGCCAGCCUAGCGAAAAUGGACAAGAGGGCCUGUUUUCCCCUGGAGACCUGACCUCCUCCUCCAGGCGCCCUGGGGAUGUGGUCCUGGGCUCAGGGCAGGUCCCAGGGCUGCUCCUGGGGGUCAUGUACUUGAAGAUGGGGAUCCUCCCUUUGUACCCCUCAUUCAGGCUGCUUUGUGGCCAAGAGUCCUGUACUCCCUUGGAGGCUCUGGAGCUGCUCAUGACCCAGCCAGGCAGAGCUGUGGCAGGUGCAGAGGUUCCCCAGACAGGAAGUCCCCAUCCCCCUUCCCCACAGGAGUCAACGCUACUGGGAUCUUCCUGUUUAGGAGGCUUUGACUACUGGGUCCUGGGCCACUGGGUCCCAGUUCUCAUUCUCCAGAAGUGGAGCUUUGUGCUCUAA